CGGUGAUUGGAUUGGUCGUAAGUGGCCAACAGUUACCUGGGAGAAGCAGUUCCCCUUCAAAUACAUGACAUCGCUUGGCCACUUUUUCGCACAAUUCAAUUUACCACCUCCCAAACAACUGACAUGGUCAACCCCGCCCUGCGCAAGGCCCCUGCCGUCUUCGUGAACCACGGCGCCGGUCCCUUUCCCAUCCUCAAACCCAUCGACGAUCCUCGUCACGGCUCCACCCGCGCCUUCCUCGAGCGCGUCGCCCCCAAGUGGCUUGGUCUCGACGACCCGGCCACGAAGCCCGCUGCGAUUGUGCUCGUGACAGCCCACUGGGAGGCAUCUGUCGUCAGCAUUUCGUCUGGCGAGUCGCACGAGCUGUACUACGACUACUACGGGUUCCCCGAUGAGGCUUACUCGCUCACGUACAAGGCCAAGGGGUCGCCCGCCAUCGCCCACCAGAUCCAAGCGUUGUUGGCCGCCACCAACAUCCCGUCAAAGCUGGACCCUUCCCGCGGGUGGGACCACGGAGUGUUUGUGCCGAUGAAGUUGAUUCAUCCGGCUGAGGACAUUCCUAUCGUCCAAGUGAGCGUGGUCGCGGGGCUGGACCCGGAUCUCCAUUUGCGCAUCGGUCAAGCGUUGGCAUCACUUCGGGACGAGAACAUCGCGAUUGUGGGCAGUGGCGCGACGUUCCACCCAAGCCAUCGCACGGACGACAGUGAGACCAAAGCCAAGCUCUUCAACGAUGCACUCGUGGAGGCCAGCUCCAAACCGACCGCUGUGGACCGACACGAGGCGUUAAAGGCGUGGGCGGCGCUGCCGCAUGCGCGAGACUGCCAUCAGCGCGAAGAGCAUUUGAUUCCGCUGCAUGUGAUUGCUGGUGCCGGCGGCGACGGACCAGCCACGUCCUACGACAUCAAGGGCAAUGGCGUGUUCCGCUCGGUGGGCUGGGGUGUUGUCCAUGAAUAGAGCGAAGAUUUUCUACCGAUAAAUAUUGCAAUGGAUGGCAUUUAUACGUAUAUUUUCUGAGGUUUCGAUUAUUAAAACAAUUUAUAUAUUCUUGCACGAC